AUGGGCAAGAAAAACAAGAAGUCCGCCGAACACAAGGACCGAGUGGCCGCCAAACAGUCCAAGAAGGCCGCAAAGACGGAAAAGAAGUCCAAGAACAAGGGACGAGAUGCGGACAGCGACGUGGACGAGGCGGACCUCGACGCCAUUCUCGCCCAGUACGCAGAGGAACAGGCCAAAUUCCUCAAAGUCACCGAGGUUGUGUCAGGACCGCCAUCGCCUCGAACCUCCGCAACGGUGUUAGCGUCUCCGUCGAAUCGGAAUGAGUUGUUGAUCUUCGGCGGCGAGUACUUCGAUGGUAACUUGGCGUCGUUCUUUAACAACUUGUUUGUUUAUCUGAUCGACCGGGGUGAAUGGAGGGAGGUUACGAGUCCGAAUAGCCCCCUUCCCCGGAGUGGACAUGCUUGGUGUCGUGGCGGGAAUACCGGGGGUAUCUAUCUCUUUGGAGGAGAAUUUUCUUCGCCAAAGCAAGGUACAUUUUACCAUUACAAUGAUUUCUGGCAUCUUGAUCCCUCUACGAGAGAGUGGAGUCGCAUCGAGACCAAAGGAAAGGGACCCCCGGCUAGGAGUGGCCACCGAAUGACCUACUACAAGGUUGGAACCCAGGAUUGUCGUUCCUGA